ACACACACACACACACACACACACACACACACACACACACACACACACCCACAGUUGAGUUGAGUUAAUAUUAUAUAACCGUGUGUGAGUGUAAGAAGACCUGUGAGUCAAGCAGCUCGAUUCACAGCUCAGUGAGCGGCACCUUAAUAAAAGCGAUUUCUGCCAGGAUUUGUGUGUGUGUGUGUAACUUCCAUCUCUAUUCAGCUGGUCUGCCAUCAUACACACCUGGCCAGCUGUGACCGAUCCUCAGAGACUCCAGCAUCACCCAGGUCUAACCAGCUCAGUGGUGAAAACACACACACACACACACACAUUUGGAGUUAUGGCGGAACCGGAGCUGAACGAGGCGUCGCUGCGCUCUCCGAGCUCUGGGUCUCAAUCCGUCUCCUUCCCCUUCAUGAGGGAAGGCAGCCGUGUGUGGGAGAAAGCAGGGGAUCUGCCCAGCCCUCUGCCCACCAAGCGCACCCGCACUUACUCUGCCACGGUGCGGGCAAACUCAGGUCCUAUGUAUAAGGGUGUGUGUAAGAACUUCUCGAGGUCACAGGGUCAUGGAUACAUCAAACCUGCUAACGGUGGAGAAGACAUCUUCGUCCAUAUCUCAGACAUCGAGGGCGAGUACGUUCCUGCGGAGGGUGACGAGAUGACGUAUAAAGUGUGUCCCAUCCCGCCCAAGAACCAGAAGGUGCAGGCCGUGGAGGUGAUCAUCACACAUCUGAACCCUGGAACGAAGCACGAGACCUGGUCCGGCAAGAUCAUCAGCUCCUAGGCUCCACCGAGACCUGCUGGCUUUGGCCUGGACUGGGGCUGAAUCGGGGAGGUCUUUCUUUUUCUUUCCUUUUUUUUCUUUUCUAAAGUAGGAACAAUGCAGGUGAACACAGUGUGGAGAAGGAUGGAGGUGAGGAAGGAGAAGGAAUGUAAUCAUGUAGUUGAGUUUCAGUAAAGUGCGAAAGAAAAGCAAAAGAGAACGAAACAAAGAGGGAGACGGAAAUCAAAAAGGUAAGAAAUACGAUUUCAUAGUUUAAAAGCAGCAACAGGAAGCAGAGAGAGAGGAAGAGAGCAGAAAAGAUGGACACAGGAAUGUAAAAGAGAUCCAGUUUCUUCCCGACAGACGCACGCAAACGGAAAGAAGUAAACCUCGGACAGAAGGGAAUCGUCGUCAAACUAAAAAAACUGUGAAAGACAAAGUAAUGACUCAGGACUUCCUGAAGUCAUGUGAUCGAAUCCUUUCUCAUAAGUGUUGGCCUUUUCUUUGUUUAAUGUUUGUUUAUUUAUUUAUUUGUUUGCAUUUUUUUUUGGUCUGGGGUGGGUGGAGCUGCCGCUCUGAAUUCCGUCGCAGACGACGCUGGAAACCGAUAGUCAUAUUGCACUUAAAACUUGACACCCAAACUGAUAGCGUACUGCCAAGCUGAGACGAGCUCCAGAGUUCCAGCGGGAGCGAUUCAGGGUAAACAUCAGAUCUCAUCACAUUUCUACUGCGAUCAAAGUCCUAAAACGUCUCAUACUAAUGUUAUAAAACCGUAGUUAAUUCACCAGGUGGUAGAACCUCGGCGGUGAAAGUAGCUCACGUUAGAAACGCUUCAGUCGAUCACGUCUAAUUAAAUCUGCCGCCGCACGUAGUCACGUCCUCCAACAAAAUUUCUAUGCAUCUUUUCUACGCCUCGUCGUUUUGUAUUUAUUUCAUUUGAUCAUGUUUUUAUACUCGACCGACAACUCGGUUAGUUUAGAUUCUAUUUUUCACCUCCGGUCAGAUCACUGUGGCUGGUGUAGGUGUGAUUUAUGUGCGAGUUAACAGAAAAGUAAGGGAAAGGUUUUAGUAGUCACACUCCUGUGACACACUUCCUCAUUUCACCUCGAUUUUCACCCGAACAUGAAUGAUGGUGGCUUCUGAUUGGUCAGAAAGUGUCGAUUGGUUUCCUGUAUCAGCAGCUCUGACAGUAGCGCAACUUCGACUAAUAAUAAAUAUUUUUAAUAAAGCGUCUCGUAAAACAAAAACCUGGGGUUGUCGAUAUGGUGACGUGUUCAUUUACCGUUUAAGGAAGGAGUCUCCAGUGCCAGCGCAUCGUAGCAGGAAAUGUUCAGGACGGUAACAUGACAUUAUUAACAGAAAUCAUUAACCAGUUUGUUGUGAUGGUCAACUGUUUUCUAGUUGCUAUAACAUGUGAUAAAAAGAACUAACUAACAUUAAACGGAUCUGUUAACUAAUGAAAA